AUUAUUUACUUUUACGAUUUAUCUUAUCAGCUAGAAUAUAUUAUAAUAUAUAUAAUACUAUGUAGGUCUGUUAUCAAAUAGGUAUUAACUGUGAUUGUUGUAACAGUGCACUGUGUAAAAUGUCAAGUUUUGACAAUAUUUAAGUUAAUUUGAUGAUGAUAAAGUUGUGCAUUUUAAUUUUAUUAAGUUAUUUUAAUACAACCCAACAAAGUAAUGUUAUAGACCAGAGUUUAGUAUUCUUUCACAACUCAAUUCAGUAUUACGACAAAACUUGGGAAAAGGUUGCUUCUUCUCUGUGUCACAAAAUUAUCUGUGAAACACUGGACAUUUCAUCGAACCUUUAUAAAGCCAACAAAUAUCAAGUCAGUGAAGUUCCUGCUGUUAUCUAUGUAUCAAAAAACAACUCUCUGACAUAUCACGGGUUUUAUGAUCCUGAUGACAUUAUAGACUGGGCUUUGACAAACUUAAAAAGUAUCGGGCGUAAUGUGGAAGUGAACCAAGAAAUGGACGAUGAAAGUUUCAGACGGUGCAUCCAGAAAGAAAUUUGCUUUAUUUUGAUUCUGCCGGAGCUGUUUGAUUGUCCACGCGAAUGCAGGUUGAACAGUUUGGAGGUUUUAAAAGAGGUGGCUCUGGAAUAUGGGAGGUACGAUUGGGGAUACAUAUGGAGCGAAUUUUGGAGCCAAAGCGAACUGGAAGAAUAUUUUUCCAUCGAUUUUUACUACUCAACCAUUAUUGCUUUGGUCUACAAAGAAAAAUACUACCAUAUGUACAAUGAAGUGUUCAGCAAAUGUUUGAUAGACGAUUUCGUUAAAAAUAUAGUUACAGGAAAAGUUGAGAAAUCUUUCAUACAUUAUGAGAAACUACCCAAAAUUAAUAGCGAUGUUAAUAAAGAAUUAUAACAAAAUAAACAUUUUUUUAUAAACUCAUUUGGCAUCAACAGCGUCAGUGAAAAUAUUUACUCUAAAAAUUAAAUAUAGGUGCA